UUACAUUUUAAUCAAGCUACUACACCGGGAACAACACAAUUGAAGAACCCAGCAGUACUGAUAGAUGACAUCGUUUGAAAUAGUAUAGGGAUCUUUGCCAAGAUUUAAGAACAAAAAACACCCCAUUGGUUUUGAGCAGUAUAUGUAACAGACACCAUGGAGGAGGAAAGUUCAGAUGAAGAAUUUUCUGCUAUGAGAUUACCAAGUCUAAUAGAUCAGUUGAAGCGAUUACUAGAACAAUAUUCAGAUGGACAAAUACUCAAGGAGUUAAUACAAAACGCCGAAGAUGGUGGAGCUACAAGGAUCAAAGUUAUGUUUGUAAAUAAACACCACCAGCCAACAACAACUUUAAAAAUGUGGAAAGAAAAUCCAAUACAAUUUGCCAUGAAGGGACCAGCACUGUGUGUAUAUAAUGAUGGGCUAUUUACUAAAACAGACUGGGAAGGUAUAGCUGCUAUACAAUGCAGCGAGAAAGAAAAUGAACCCCUUAAAGUUGGACGGUUUGGACUUGGAUUUAAAUCAGUCUUUCAUAUUACAGAUACUCCUCUCAUACUAAGUGGAAGUAAACUGAAGAUAAUAAACCCAGCAGCUAAUGUACAUGAUGUUGUCAUCACUAAAAAACUAAGAAAAAUAGAUGUUAAAAGUAAAACGGAAAUGCUCGAUUUAAUGUCUGGAAUAUUUGGAUUUUCGCCAGAAGCUUUUCAAGAUGGUUUCAAUGGCACACUGUUUUGGUUUCCACUGAGAACUGAAGAGUCAAGUUUGUGUAAAACUAUUUAUGAUGAGAGAAAGAUUCGUGACAUUUUCCAUGGUUUCACAUCACUUGCACCAUCAAUUCUACUGUUCUUAAAGGAGAUCGAAAUGAUAGAAAUUUACGAGAGACAUUCAGAGAUCAGGAAACUGUUUGAAGUUCGUCUUGACGGUGAUGAUUUAGUAGUGUUAAGACAAGACAGAAAACGCUUUGUACGGGAGAUAGAACGGUUCAGAGGACGGUUUGCAUCUCAACCAAUUAAAAAUAUUUUGAGACCAAAAGUGAGAUGUGAAGGAUUUGAUUGGAUGAAAAUGGAAACCUCAGAAGAUGAAUGGUUAGUUUUUAAUCAGUAUCAUGGUGGUCAUGUAAGUGCUGAAUUAAUGAAACUUGUUGAAGAUGAAGAUUGGCCUUAUAGUCCUUAUGUAAGUAUCGCAGCAUGCUUAUCUAAACCAAUCACAAAAGGACACGUAUUCUGUUUCUUACCUUUACCCUUAGAAAGUCAAAGUUUAACAGGUUUACCUGUUCAUGUUAAUGGAUUCUUUGCUUUGAGCCAGGACCGCCACCACGUAAGAUGGAACUCUUCUGAACAGGAUAAAAAUAACAGCCACACCGAAAAAUCAAUCCUCUGGAAUCAAUAUCUGGUAAAAGAAAUUCUACCACAAGUCUACACAAAGCUGAUAUUACAGCUUAUAGAUGAUGAAGUGAUCAGAUCACAGCCAUUGACCCGUGAAGAAAGAAGCCAGAGAGCAGAUGUAGUUUAUAAAACUUUACCAAACAAUGGAAAUGUUACAGAUAAUUGGAAAAAUAUAAUUGAUCCGAUUUUCCAACAGUUGUAUUCUACAGCAUGCAUGUUCACUAAACAGGAAGGGGGAAUAUGGGCAAAACCACAAAAUACGAUCUUUAUAAAACUUCAAGACGAAAAUAUGGUAGAUUCAGUUGAGGAUGCCUAUCUUCUUUGUGGUAGAAAUUUCUCAAGGGCUCCCAUCUGCAUUUUAGAUGCAUUUCGAAAACAUGGGUCAAUAACAUUUACUUCUGCCGAACAUUUGAGAGAAGAACUCUUACAACAUCCGGAAGUUUGUAACCAACUCGACUUAAAGGUCAAACUAAAUCUACUUCAUUAUAUUUUGGACAAUGAUGUUAAUUGCUUACAAGGUUUAAAGCUUCUACCACUAGCAGAUGGUAAUUUCGGUACGUUUACAACUGGGAGUACCGAAACGGUGUAUAUUUUUGAGGAUGUUGAUGACAUGAAGAUGUUUCCUGGACUAGAAUCCCAUUUCGUCAAGUCAGAGUUGGGACCAGAUUUAUAUCUCAAGAUUCAGAACCAAUGUUCACGUGAAAUAGGUAAAUUUCAGAUAAAGAUAUUCCACCCUGAUGAUUUUCCAAGUCUCAUAGGCCUGUGUAUAAAGCAAAACCAAUGGAAAGGAAUAAAGUUAACGAAAUCUUUAGAAGAAUGGUUGUAUUUGGUAUGGACAUACAUUGGAUAG